GCUAUCGAUACCUUUUUAGCUGACACUUGAACAGCACUUGUUUUAUUAGAUAAUAUUGCUAAUAUUAUUAUUUCCUCGAACAAGUCGCUGACGUCAAGAUGAACCGAAUUUGCCAGAGCCUCCGCCAUCCGAGAUAUCGAAUUCUCGCCACCACAGCACCGGAAUCCCUCGCCCGCUUUCUUGCGGCGGAUGCGGCCACCGGCACGGCAGUGGACAAGGCGACAAUGGACAAGCUGGUGCGCACCAACAAGGUGGUCGUCUUCAUGAAGGGCAACCCACAGGCGCCACGCUGCGGCUUCAGCAAUGCGGUGGUCCAGAUCAUGCGGAUGCACGGCGUCCAGUACGAUGCCCACGACGUGCUGCAAAACGAGUCCCUGCGACAGGGAGUCAAGGACUACACCGACUGGCCGACCAUACCGCAGGUGUUCAUCGAUGGCGAAUUCGUCGGCGGCUGCGACAUCCUGCUGCAGAUGCACCAGAGCGGCGAUCUCAUUGAGGAGCUCAAGAAGGUGGGCAUCGUUUCGGAGCUGCUGAAAGCGGAGGAGGCCAAGCAGCAGGACGACAAGGCCAAGUGAUGAUCCAAAAGAGCACCCAAAGAUCAAAUCCCCUUCCUAAAUCUGUUAGCCACGCAACGUUUUUAUUAUUAAAUGUUUAACUCAUAGCGACAA